UCCUCCCCACCACCUUCACUGCCACCACCACCAUCACUACCACUAUUAAAACACCAGUACCUUUAUGGCCGCACUCACUCAGCAUCACCACCACCACCACCACCACCACCAGAUACUCCUUUCUCUUCCUCCCGCCUCCCCCUGACCUCGAUGGCGGGCAGAGGGAGUCGCAACAAGUCUGGAGAAAAGGAAUCGAACACCGGGUAGAUAAGCCCUUGUCAUGCCAGGCGGGCCAGGGUGACGUGAGCCUCCAUAGUAAUCGGCAAACAUACGCCUUCCUGGUCAUGCUUAACACACAUAUCCUCCCAGGUUGGCUACGACGGCGCGCUAGUGUCCAGAAGUGUUCCUGUCAGAGCUGGAUGUACUGGUUGUGCUGCCGAGUGAGCGUGUGACAUCUCUCGUGAUUGAGAGCAUGAUAGUAUUAAACAAAAGCUUAAAAAAAACAACGCUAAAGAUUAUCAGAGUGUAGAAUGAGAGACAAGUGUGAAUUUCUUUAUUUCAGUAAGUUAAUGAUUGUGACUCGUGCAAAUACUGGCCGACACAGACAUUCAAAAUAACUGGAAAUUGAAUUAGAAUAUUCACGUCCAAGGUUGUUGCUAGGAGUGAGUGCAGUGAAAAGUGUAGCAAAGAUUCUGAGGUUUGGACCUUCCCUUACCAGAGUGCCCGGUUUUCCGUCACGGACAUGCCAAUGCUGCAAUCUUGUCCUUGGUGAACUAGAACCAGUUCUAUAUUUGACCUUUUUCCCCUUCGGCUGGCAGAGCGACUGCUGUAUGAGGACUGCGUGUUGGCAUUUGAGUAUUGCGAGAGGCAGGCUCGUGUACAGGGCAGAGGAGAAAGUGCGGGUCCUCGGAGAACGUCGGCCGCUGGAUCGGCCGCCGGACAACUCAAGCAGUGGUGUAAAGAUCAGUAGGGCAACGCUUCCCUCAGUUUUAUGCAACAAACGAGUCGCCACCACUGUUAAGGCGGCGGCCGGCGGGGCGUCCUGCUGCUCCUGCCGCUGGUCGUGAAUAUAUGUGUGUCGUGAUUCUUCACUGAGAGAGACGACCUGGGUGCUCACGGUCGAGUGUUAAGAAAUCGUGAGAAACAGGAAGACGUGAAUCGUGUGUCUGAGUGCAAAAUACAAAAGCAAUGACAGGUGAAGCUCUAGGAAAAGUUCACCGUUUCAAUUGCGAGUGAAAGGAAGGGCGAGUGGCGGGCGCCGGUCAGGUGUGUGACUGUGUGUGGUGUUGCUGGGUAUUGCUGUGAGUUACUAUUGAAAAAUACUAUAUGAAAGUAAUAAAUUGACAGAGAAAGUGGCAUAAAAGUGCAGUUUACGAUAUAUCUGGAAAAAGGCAAAAUUCAUGGAAAUUUGCUCCAGAUACGAUUCGCAUCAUGUGUCAGUGAAAAAAACCCAACAGGUAGUUGUGCGUGUGUAUGGUGACAGGAUGGGAAAGUGGCAUGCGUGAAAAGAGUGAAGACAGGCAUAACUAAGCGCAAUGGCACUGCAGUGGCGGGAGACCAGCUUCCUUCCCACUCACUCGGCCUCCAGGGUGCGAGUCCCCAUAGACUUCGAAAUCGAAGAACCAGAGGAGGAACUUGACUUUAUCCUUGAGGUCGAGACAGCGAUUGAACCAACAAGGGUAGAAAUUUCUGAAGGAUCCUCUAGCACUGACAACGAAGAUGAAGCACAGAUCACCGUGCUCGAGGUCAGACCAGACACAGGAGCUGGCGCGGCGAAGGAGGCCACACCGGUGACUCUGGAACAGCUGCAAAACGAGAUCCACAUGAUGCAGAAUGAGGCAAGGGCGCUGCGUGACCUUAUAUCUAACAGUGAGAGCUCCGCAGGCGAGGUGGUGCAGGAUGCCGCGGAGUCGUGGCAGCAAAGGGAUGUAUUUGAGAGCGUGAGAAGGAGGGCUGAAGCAGGGAUGAUCGCUGUCGAUGUCACUUCCAACACCAGUCAAGUUGUCUUCCACCGCCAGUACACCGAGCAGGUCGUCACACACCAACGCUCUCCUUCCAAACAACAAAGACGAUCCCAUGGUAACAACAGCAGCCACAGCAGUUACAGCGGCUCCUCCCCAGAGUCUCCACGCCUUAGAGAGUUAAGACCUGUGACACACCAAACUGCUGUGGGGAGAACGACAGCGGAAACACAUAAAGACAACGAGAUUGUAGAAGGAGCGAGUAAAGACGACAACACAUUAAACCUCCCUUCUAUAACGAACCAAGUGCCAGGCGAGGUGGUAAGAACGGAACCUGACGCAGAGGAAGGAGAUGGAGACGAUUCAUACGCGGAGACACAAACUACAGAGCAACCACUUCCUGUAGAACCAGCUGAAGAAGACUCAGCGACAGAUGAUUCACUUAUGGAGGGCAGAGUCAUGAAUGAACCAAUUAGAGGACCCAGAGUCGUACAUGAGCUACGGAAACAAGACAGUGUUACUGACCAACCGAUCAGGAUGGACAGCGCCAAAUAUGAAGUAAUUAACCAAAAUACAAUCAUAAAUGAGCCAAACAGAGAAGACGCAGCUUUAGAAAACACAACAAGGAGACAAUCAACACAAGGAGAAGCAAACAGACUUGUUGCAGACUUCUUAUCGCCGGAGGAACCAGAUGACACGGACGCAAAUAAUGGCCGCAGGUCUCGCAGCUCGUAUCACAACAUGGUGGAGGAAAUGGGCAUUUCCUCCUCCGAAGACAACCUCUCCGAUGAAUGGAAUGAAGAAGAUUUCGCUGAUGAAGUUAAUAACAGGAGCACCAAUGACUCCCCGGGCAUCGGUGAAGCAACAGAAUUCACACACUUGACAGUGACAGAGACUGGUAGUGAUUUGGCGAUAGAAAAGCCAGAGGAGCAAGAGUCCUCUGAAAUAUCAGGAGAGAUGAAAGCUUCUGGAAUUGAAAUGGAACAAACAUCUCCUGAUGCGUCAGAAGGAGAAAUGAAAGCUGUUAAAGUGAAAAAGGAGCGAACGUCUCCUGAAGUACCGGAAAGAGAGAUGCAAACUUCUGAAGUGAAGGGGGAAGGAAGAGCGUCUCCUGAAGUACCAGAAAAAGAGAAGCAAACUUCUGAAAUCAAACAGGAGGGAACGUUUCCUGAAGUACCAGAAGGAGAGGUACAAACUUCUGAAGCAAAAAAGGAGGGAGAGUCUCCUGAAGUACUAGAACGAGAUAUGAAAGCUUCUGAAGUGAAAAAUGAGCGAAUGUCUACUGAAGUAUCAGAUGGAGAAGCAAAAGCUCCUGCAGUAAAAAAGGACAGCGUGUCUCUUGAGAUACCAGAAGUGAAGAUGAAAGCUUCUGGAGUGAAGAAGAAGAAGAAGAAGCAUAAGAGUUCCUUGGGUGUGGAGACAGUAGUGAAGCCUUAUCUGGAGACCAACCUUGACAAUCCUGUCUUGUUUUACCUGGAGAAGGAGGCCGAGUCUAAAUCUUCAGCAAAGUCUGAGUCGUCUGGGGAAGGAAGUGACAAAACCUCAGAACUGGAUAUCCUUAAAAGUGACACCGAGAAAGAGCAACAAGUUGAAGAAACAGCUAACUUAACACUUGAAAACGUAAAACAACACGAAUUACAAACAACACUCGAGCACAUCACUAAAGAAAGGAAACCUGAACCUUUAUAUGAAUUCAAGCAAGAGGCACCAACAGAAGUGGACAACCAAGAAGUGUUAUCUGACCUUCCACCUAAUCUUGUAGGCCAGAGUGAGUCCAAAAUCAUUCCUCAGUCAGAAGAGCAGUCCCACAUUGCAGCCUCGAACACCACCACGCCCCCAGCGGCUGGUGAAGAUCCUGGUAUGGAGUCAACACAGAAAACAAAGCGUCGAGGAAAAUCAUGGAGUAGGAAACGGCCCACUCAGAAGCCGCCACUACCACCUUCCAGACCAGCCUCUCUCACACCGAAUUUGGGGUUGCCUUCUUUCAAUAUAGAUUCAUCUACAGAAGAGCGGUCACCAUGUCAUACAAGAUCACUUUCAUACACUGGGUCAUCCUCUCCACAUCCUGAGACGCCCCCAAGGUCACUGAAUUCAUCCUUGACUUCCUUAGAGUCGGAGUCCGCAGCAACAGAGGACGCAGUACAGCUGAGAGAGAGACCGAGCACAGAUGAUCCAACUCUAGAGGGACUUAAGCGGGUCUCUGCUGUGUAUGAAGAGCUGGAGAUGAUACCUAUUCCACAAGUUCCUCCACCGCCUCCAAAAGACAAGGCGUUACUGAAGCCUGAAUCACCAACAUCCAACUUAGAAAUCGAGGCCUCUGUCUCGGCGUCUCCCGAGGUCACUCAAACACAACAUAUAGUAUGCCUCCCGAACACAUCUGAGGAGCCCGUAAAAGAAUUCCCUCAGAUCCUCUCGAUUGCAUCGCCCUCAGUUAGUCUAGAAAGCACAAGUGGGCCAGUUUCUGACUCUAAUUUGACAGAAGCUCAGAAUGAGGCUUCAACUGAAGGCUCUAAAUUGACCCCCUCCAGGAAUCACGCUUCAGAAGAGUCUAUGCCAUCUUCUCUGGAGCACUUUGUAACUACUGAAGACUCUUUGUCGCCACCACCAGCAGUAGUGAAUGAGCCGGACUCCUCAAGUGUUGCAUUUACACCUCAGAAACAGGGAUCUAAUCCAUCAGUAGAUUCAGACUCACUUAUGAUGGAAUCCCUGGAGACUCCCUCGCCAAUUCUCAGUGAGUCACCAAGUGUUAUUUUACCUAAUUUGGAAAAAACAGACAUUCCAGAGAUACCUCCACCGCCCCCUAGACGUCCUCCUCCAACUGUAGUCUCCCAAACUUUACCAUCCCCAUCUGCAGAGGUUCCCUCAGCUCAGAAAGACGAAGAUGCUUCAGCACAACCAGUUUCAAUGCCUCUGGCGCAGAUGCUAUUUGAUUUGGAGAAGAUGGAGAUACCAGGCGUGCCCCCCCCACCACCCCGCCAUCCUCCACCACCUCCCCCUCCGACAAAGAGCAGGGUAUUGUCAACAGCCGAAAUUACUGAUCAAGAAAAUGCAGAAGCCUCCCUCCCUGUUUCAGAGAUAUGUUCUUUGCCAGCAAAUGAAAACUCUUCACAGCCUCUAAAAGAUUCAAGUGAUGAAUCAUCACACGACUCUGAAGCACACAGCACCAGCGCACUCCUGCAAGGCUCUGCCGAGACUCCUGAAAAGAUCUUUGAGAAACUGAAGAAGAUAGAGAUCCCUGAAGUACCUCCACCACCCCCAAUACAACCUCCACCACUCAUUACGUCACAAACUUCUCCACCACAACUCUGUGGAUCUUCAAGCAUUCUUGAAGAUGAUUCUCCAACAGAGUUAAAAGCAACACCAGCUGAUAAGUACCCCUCUCACACCUCUAGAGCGUUGCAAGAGGAAGAAGCUGAGGCCUUAUCACCAGACCUGCUGAGGAAACUAGAGGAGAUAGAGAUUCCUGAAGUACCGCCUCCACCCCCGCGCCAGCCUCCUCCAGCUACUUCAGGUGUUAUGGAAACGCUUCCAAUACAGAUGCAGGAAAUGUCUUCUGAUAAAAUUUUAGAAACUAUGCAGCCACAAAAGUUAAACGUCAAUGAAAGCCCCGGCUCUCAGUCCCCUCCAGGACAGACAACAGAGACAGCACAGCCACAGUCCUCGAAAAGUUGCGAUACUCUGCCACCCGACCAGAAGAGUCCCGAGGUACCCCCCAAUGCUCUCCCAAUGACCCUUCCUCAAGUGACUUCCUUGCAACGGCUGAAGGAGCUGGAAGGGAUGGAGAUUCCUGAAGUACCUCCCCCACCUCCUCGUCAACCACCACCUCAAAUGCCAGAUGUACCCCACACCCCACAGCCCUCAGAAGCUCUUUCAAUAUGCUGUUUCCAGCACUCACCACCAGGGAUGCGAGAGGCUACUCCAUCUACUUCCCCUGAUGUUUACCAUAGUGGUGGUUUUGAUCUUGUGCAAAAGCUGCUGGAGAGCACAGAAACACCAGAUAAUCUUUCCAUGUCAUCUGAAGCUUCAGAAUCUUCAGCUAGGGGUGCGAAUCUUGACGCCUCUUCAGCAAAGAUGGAAAAGCCUCUCCCUCUCUCACCUAUUCAUGGAGCUCUACCGUGCAUGGCAGAAAUCUCUCCAUCAAAUCUGAUCGAAGAUCUAGAAAGAAUUGAAAUUCCAGAAGUGCCCCCACCUCCACCACGACGGCCUCCACCCCCUCCUCCACGACAGUCUUCCCUCUCUCAACAGCCACUGCCAUCCCCUCGAUUCUCGAAGUCAGAUGCACAAUUCCCUCAAAAGCAGAUGUCAGGAUUGGCCUCAUCAUGUAUCAAUAAUGAGUCUCCAGUGUCACAUGAAUCUUUCCCAGUUCAAAUACCUGCUGCUUCUCCAGUAAUACCCCUUGAAACAUCUACAGCAGAAGAUUCGAAUACAGCAAGCUUAUCGAUGUCAACGUCCCAGUUUCCACUGCAGCAAAUGCAAGCUGCUCCUAACUACGGCAAUGACUCCCCUACAACACAACCACCAAAAAUGCCUUUAACACAGCUUCCAGAACUUCCGAACAGCGAUAUUCUCCUUACUUCAAGCCCAGGCAUUCUAUCCUCAAGUGUUCUUGCUCAACAAGUGCCCGAUGCUUAUUUAGCACAAGUAUUUGAAAAUUCUCGUGCACGGCUUCCAUCAGGAAUGGAAGAGAUUGCGGAAGAACCAGCUCAAGAUCUGCAUUUGUCAUAUGCCAGACUCCAUGAACAAUUUUUGCCUUCUGAAGAGGAGACAACUUCAUCGUCAGGAGACUCUUCUUCGUCUGAGGAGGAGCAUUCUUUAUCAGAGGAUGAGGGAGAGGUUUCGUCAUCAUCUUCACAGGAUGAGGAAUCGUCAUCAGCAUCCGAAGAGGAUGUUCCAUCCGUAUCAGAACCACAAGUUUCUCUAAUACCAGAAAUUCAGAUUUCAUUUGCACCGGAAAAUCAGCUCACAUCAGACGAAGAACAGGAGGCUCCACUUAUAGCAGAAGAAACUUCUUUUCCACCAGAACAGCCGACAUCUUCCAUGCUUGAAAGUAUGGAUUCAUCCUCAUCAGAAGAGGUAGUUGCCUCCCUGCCUGAAGAGACGGUUUCCUCUGUGCCUGAAUACACGGUUUUCUCUGUGCCUGAAGACACAGUUGCCUCUGUGCCUGAAAAGACGGUUGCCUCUACGCCUGAAGAGACUGUUGCAUCUGUACCUGAGAAGACGGUUGCCUUUGUGCCUGAGAAGACGGCCGCCUCUCUGCCUGAAGAGACGGUUGCCUCUGUGUCUGAAAAGAUGGUUGCAUCUGUGUCUGAGAAGACGGUUGCCUCUGUGCCUGAAGAGACGGUUGCCUCUGUGUCCGAAAAGAUGGUUGCAUCUGCUCCUGAAGAGAUGGUUGUAUCUGUGCCUGAAGAGACGGUUGCCUCUGUGCCUGAAGAGACGGUUACCUCUGUGCCUGAAGAGACGGUUGCCUCUGUGUCUGAAAAGACGGUUACCUCUGUGCCUGAAGAGACGGUUGCCUCUGUGCCUGAAGAGACGGUUGCCUCUGUGCCUGAAGAGACGGUUACCUCUGUGCCUAAAGAGACGGUUGCCUCUGUGCCUGAAGAGACGGUUGCCUCUGUGCCCGAGAAGGAAGUUGCCUCUCUGCCUGAGAAGAAGGUUGCCUCUGUUCCUGAGAAGAAGGUUGUCUCUGUGCCUGAGAAGACGGUUGCCUCUGUGCCCGAGAAGACGGUUGCCUCUGUACCCGAGAAGACGGUUGCCUCUCUGCCUGAGAAGAAGGUUGCCUCUGUUCCUGAGAAGAAGGUUGUCUCUGUGCCCGAGAAGACGGUUGCCUCUGUGCCCGAGAAGACGGUUGCCUCUGUGCCCGAGAAGACGGUUGCCUCUGUGCCCGAGAAGACGGUUGCCUCUGUGCCCGAGAAGACGGUUGCCUCUGUGCCUGAGAAAACGGUUGCCUCUCUGCCUGAGAAGACGGUUGCCUCUCUGCCUGAGAAGAAGGUUGCCUCUGUGCCUGAGAAGGAGGUUGUCUCUCUGCCUGAGAAGAAGGUUGCCUCUGUGCCUGAGAAGAAGGUUACCUCUGUGCCUGAGAAGAAGGUUGCCUCUGUGCCCGAGAAGGAAGUUGCCUCUGUGCCUGAGAAGACGGUUGCCUCUGUGCCCGAGAAGGAAGUUGCCUCUGUGCCUGAGAAGACGGUUACCUCUCUGCCUGAGAAGAAGGUUGCCUCUGUGCCCGAGAAGACGGUUGCCUCUGUGCUCGAGAAGACGGUUGCCUCUGUGCUCGAGAAGACGGUUGCCUCUGUGCCUGAGAAGACGGUUGCCUCUGUGCCCGAGAAGGAAGUUGCCUCUGUGCCUGAGAAGACGGUUACCUCUGUGCCUGAGAAGAAGGUUGCCUCUGUGCCUGAGGAGGUUUCCUCUGUGCCUGAGAAGGAGGUUUCCUCUGUACCCGAGAAGGAAGUUGCCUCUUUGCCUGAGAAGGAGGUUGCCUCUGUGCCUGAGAAGAUGGUUACCUCUGUGCCUGACAAGACGGUUGCCUCUGUGCCCGAGAAGGAAGUUGCCUCUUUGCCUGAGAAGGAGAUUGCCUCUGUGCCCGAGAAGACAGCUCCUUCAUUGACCCAGGUUACUACCUCUGUGUCUGGGAAGAAUAAUGGUAACCUGCCUGAAGAGGCGGAUUCCUCCAUGCCUGAGAAGGUAGUAGCUUCCUCUUUACGAGAACAUACUUCUUUUUCGAGAGAGGAAUCGAUUUCCUCUUCACCAGAGGAGAAAGUUUCCUUCCUACCUGAAAAAAACCCUGCUAUUCCAGAGAUUACAAUUUCCUUUGCACCAGAAACAGAGUUUUCCUACGUGUCUGAGGAGGAGCAAGAAAUUUUUUCUGCACCAGAAAAGGUUCCAUCACUAAUAGAGCAAGAUGCUUCCCCUGCAACAGAAAAUAUUUCCUCUGAAUCAAAAGCAGAGCAGGUUUCAUCAGUAUUACAUCACAGUGCUUCCACACAAGCUAAAAUUUUGGAAACCACUCAGGAAGAUUCCUUAUCAGAUUCUUCGCCUUCAAACGAUUCUGUCGCACAGGUGAAAGAAACGUUGGUGUAUAGCCCACCCAAAUGCCUGCAAGAUACUGCUUCUACGGAAGCACAGAUGGUGGAAGACCCCUUAACUUUAGGUGACAUCAUCUCUCCCUCUCCUGAAACAACGUCCCCAAUGAUCCCAAAAGAACCUUCUUCAUUACAAGGAACACCUCACACAACCUCAAAGGAAUCUUCUCCAUCACAAGCAACAUCCCACACGACACCUGAAGAACCUUUUGCAUUACAAGCAACAUCUCAUACGACCGGGAAAGUAACUUCCCCAUUACAAGCAACACCCAGCACAACUCCUCCAAUGCAAGUAACACCGAAGACAACCCAAAUAAAACCUUCUGUCCCACAAGCAAAACCUAACGUGACCCAAACCAAACCUCCUCAAUCACAAGUGAAACCCAACACGACCCAAACAAAACCACCAUCACAAGUUACACCUUACACAACACAAACAAAACCUCCUCUUCCACAAACAAAACCCAACACAACCCAAACAAAACCAACUCUCCCACAAACAAAACCCAACAUAAUUCAGACAAAACCUCUACAACAAGCUACACCUUACACAACACAAACAAAACCCCCUCUUCCACAAACAAAACCCAACACAACACAAACAAAACACCCUCUCGCACAAACAAAAGCCAACACAACCGAAACGAAGCCUCAACAACAAGUAACACCCAAUACAACACAAACAAAACCUCCUCUCCCACUGACAAAACCCAACACAACUCAAACAAAGCCUCCACCACAAGCAACAACGCAUACAAUCUCAAAAGAACCCCUUCCAACACAAGCAGCUUGCAUUACAACUCAAACAAAACCUUUUCCAUGGCUAGCAACGUCCUCCACGACCUUAAAAGAAUCUUCUCCACCUCAGCCAUCCGAGGCGACGCACGUACCACCUGGUGUCCCUCUAAUAAUGCAACAGGGCGGACCCUCAGCAGACUCCUUCCCCAAGUCCACGACAGUCAAAGUAAUGAACAUACCGUUGGAGGAAGCAGCGACAGCCGCAGAAAAAGACGAGAAAAGGAAAGAGAAGAAGGAAAAAGAAGAGGAAGAGGAGAAGGAGGAGGACGAUGAAGGAAGGAAAAGAGCAAUAUCUCAGUCAUCCGAAGAAACAGAAGAGGAAUAUUUCACCCCGCCAAGUGAAAGCCCUCCUUACUCCCCUCGACAGGAGAAGAAGAAGCCAGCGUUUGGAGAGUUUAGUUUCGUGACCCCGGAAUGUCUCUAUCAUAGAGAAGGCGCUGGCCAGACGGUCGAGUUUGUCACUUGGGGACACGAACUGGAGGUGGUUCUGGAUCCGAGCCAGAGCCCACGAGACGAGGAAAAGCAGACAAGACAUUCUCAUUCUCCUCCUGACAUGGGAAAACGACAUUGCCGCCACGACGAAACCACAUUGCCGUCCACAAAGAGGAGGAGACUGAGCUGUGACGAUGACGAGGAUGAUUUGAAGAACAUCCUUGCAGUGUGCAGGGUCAGGUCAAGGUCAUCGUCGCCCUCAGGUCAUCGCGUCUCCCGAAUAACCCAGGCCAUCGGGGAGGCACUCGGUGGUGAAGAGACAGAAAAGUCAUAUGAAAUCCUGGUCAAAGUCUCAGUGAUGGCACCCUCUCAGUCCACGUCACCAGAAUCACGCAUCCGAAUUUCCGCUCAAAUGAGAAGCGAAAGUCCAACACCACCCACUGACCGCCCGCCCCGCCUGCCACACACGCCAUCUGAGUCUACUGCUGUGAAAGAGGAUCCAGAACGACACUCCGUAAGGCCUAAAGUGAAAAGGAAUGAAAAGGACGGACCUUUGAGCCCCAGUAACGCUGCAAGCCCGCCACUUUCUCCUCUCUCACGUGAGACCGGCCCAAAAACGUCCAAGGAAAAAAGUAAGAGAGAAAAGUCGAGAGAUAAAAGAAGCAGAAAACAAAAAGAAUUCGUAGACGACAGCAAGACAGCAGUGACCGGCCUAAAGGAGGGAGAGAAAGAGGAAAAGGAGGAGGAGGAGGAAAAUGAGGCGGCCAAGAGAGCCAUGAUGGAAUUCUGUGUGCACAACUUAUCGAGCGACACAGAUUCUGAUGCCUCCACCUCCUCCACCACCUCCUCCACCUCCUCCUCUGAUGACGACUGUGAAGAUGAUGGACGGUCCUACCAGGUGACAGCCCCAGGGGAGGUUGGUCUCGCCACAAUAGAGGAGGACGCGGAGGAGGACUCAGGCGCAGAGAGUUCAGGUCACUGGAUGUUCUCUGCAGACAACACUGACACGGACUCUGUGAUUCACGUCCCCGCUGCCCUCACGCCCGCCCCCGUGGAGCCCCCUCGCCGCCACCCACCAGAAGAUGGAGAGAGCACGGCCAGCGAUGAGACCCUUGUGGUAGAGGACGACGAGGAGGACGAGAAGGGCGUGUGUGGUGGGGACGGCGAGGGGCGGGGCGGGCGGCAGGAAGCGGGCGUGACGGUUGGUAAUAGUCUCGCCAGGACCCCCGCCACCACCCCGGCCGCCGGCGGUCAUUACGACUCUUCCGCCUCUGAGGAUGAACACGGCAGUCAAGGAACAGAGCGGCCGGCGGGCGGCAGUUCCCUGAGGGUGGUGCAUCGAAGGAGACGUAAGCCAGGCGACGGGAGGCCAGCGGGCACUGGGGCGUCCCUGCAACAAACUAACAUGCUCGGCCCUUCCCACGCUACCAGGAUUUUCGAGAAACAUGUUGAUGAUGUGUUUGACUUUGAAAGUCUGGAGAGUUGCGAGAGUGUGUCUGGCGGGAGCGAGGCCAGCUCUCCCGGACAUCCUGGGAGCCUCUCAGGGCUGGAGGAGCCUGACGCAGUGUUCAACAUGUCAGCCACGUCGCAGCCCUUUGCUGACUCCUCUCCUAUUGUGACGGAUGAAGCCGCGAGGAUUACCAUGACUGGAGUGUCACCUGAAGUAAGUGGUGAACUUGAAGACAAUGAGGGGAGCUCCGCCCCCUCCCUGUUACUCAGCGAGGAAGCCAGAACUCUCUCCCUGGCCUCCACUCCUAGCGGAACACCUGCAGGGGGACGCGGAGAGGAGAUUGAAGGUGACCUGAAUAACGUGAUCAGCAACUCUGACACGGACUUAGUGUUGCCCUCUACAAACAGCGAUGGUUCCCAGCCACCCGAGAGCUCCUCAGGCCCGCAGAGCAUGGACAUGUUUGGCCUGCCAGUGCGAUGGACGCCUGGACAUGAUCCCCGCCACGCAGCAAUUGACACAGCCACAACGACGAGAAACAACGACACAACAUAUAUCGAAGCUGAGAAAACUAGCGUGAUGCAAAUGAGGUCAGACAGUGAUACAGAAACUUUCGCUAAUACCACAGCACGUCCUAGUAAUUCUUCCAGCAGCCUUGUACACCAUUCGGAAGGACGGAGCUCUGACGCAGCUGCACCACGUGAAGCUGAUCUCUUACCACUACCAGAUGGUGCCCGAGCUGUCUCCAUUGAUGAUGUGCAGGUGGGGAGCGCGGUGGAGACGAUGGUGGCGUGCGAGGCCCAGCAACAGGAGGCGGUGAGUGCCGCAGCCUUCACUCCUUACACUACUGGUGAAAACAGUAGUGAAGCCCGUCACUGUCACUCGUCUCACGGCCCUGCGCACCACCACCACAUCAGUUUGGCGCCGCUUCCCCAACAGAGCGAAGGUGAGACACUUCUGCUCCCUCCGUCGUGUGCCGCGAACCAAGAUGUCAAUGAAGACACCAUGAGGGACGCCCUGCUGCCUCCCUUGCUGCAGGGGAACACGGCCACCAAGACGGCUGUGGGAGGUGUUAUCUAUGAACAGGUGACUCUUGAAGCACCUGAAAGCAAACCAGCUGACAUACAUUCCUCCAGGGAAGCCGGAUACAUCUCCUCCGGUCUUAAGUCUCAGCCGUCCCGUGCAAUAACUUGUGGGACUGACCUGCCAUCUGGAGAUAGUGACACAGACACCGAUAAUACAGACGGUGACUACGACGAGGAGGAUCACUUCGCGGCCGAACUCAGCCUCCGCAUCUCCAGCAUGCCUGCCGCCACAGCAACAAAAGUUAAGUCAUUCAGGAGUUCAGACAUUCUGAAUCUAAUUGGUCUUGAAAGAGGCGGGGCGGGGCCUCGAGAAGUUGGAGGGGUCUCGGAUGACGUCUCCCCGCCGGCCAGUCAGGCGGGCAGUUCACCCGAGGUGCCAGAUUCACUGAGGUCCAGUGAAGGCCCCAGUGCCACACGCUCCGUGGAGACGCUCAGUGAGGACAGUGGACUCGGGGACCGUGACGUGCGACUUACUCCUUCCUCGCCCCUCGCCCCCAUCUCUGAGGCCGCACCAAGCCAGGCUCCUGCCACUCCGUCCGACGCCCCUGUCAGUUCUCGCCCAAGACGUCAGGACGCCCGUCAAGCACGAAUCGCUCGGGCACGCUCCCUUGGUGACCUACGCAGCUACUCUGAUUCUGACAGUGAGGAGGAAGAAGGAGCCAUGUACAGGUGGCAGCCACACCCAGCCGCCCACCAGCUGAAUGAAGGUAUGAACGGCAGUUCUUCCAGCUACAGAACUCAGCAGCGUCCUUACAAACCCAGCUACACAAAUUAUCUCCUGCAGCAGCAACAACAACGGUGCGGGGCCGACGCAGCCUCCCGCCUCCCUCCUCGCCCACUUCCGUUCUCUGGCUCAGAGGGAAGCGAUGAGGAACUCAGGUCACGUUUCACGAACCACAGGGUCAUCUCCCCAGGACACUCAAAACCUCGUAGACAUAAAAGUUUCCACGAGGCGUCCAGGCAAGAUUCCACCUGCUGGCCCGCCGCAGAAGUAGGUAAAGGGAAUUGGGCGGCACCACACGGAGCACCGCGCCCUGGGAGGCGGCGCCCGCAGCCCAUCAGCGUGGAUCUGGCUGAGCAGUUCCUCAGUCAAGAGGGCCUGAAAUCUCCCCAACGUAAACAAACGGUCGAGAACCCUUACGGUGCGGCGGGUGAGGGUCGGGGAGAGGAAUGGAGGAUGCAGCAUCCGCCCUCUCUUCCGGGCACUGGAGGCGUGGCCUACCAGGCGGCCCGCGCCGCACCAGCCAAUCAGAAGCCACCUUGCGAGGCGAGUACCAACGGUGUGUGUGUGGGCUCUGUAGGGUCAGGGAGCGAGCAGUGUCCGCCAGCCUCUUCUCUGACGCCGGAGCUGACGGUGCUCCGCGCCUGGCCCGCCGCCCAGGCCGCCCCGUCACUCCUCGCCACGCCGUCCCGCCCGGCCCCCGCCCCGCCCUGCACCCGGCCCCCAGUCCCUGCUCCACUCCCUCACCAAUAUAGCUCCACGCCCGCCCAGUUGCCCAAUGAGUGCCAGCCUGUACACACGGGGCGGAGGAGCAGCAGCCCAACUCAUGACCCGCCCGGCACCACUGACAUUGAGUUGCGUGCCGCGAGUGAUCUUAACGAACAGUGCCUGCCGGGAGGGACUGGUGUCAGCCCCGCAACACCUGACGGAGUAACCACAGAGAUGGCAGAGGGGGCGAUGAGGGUGCACACCAAGACUUACGGUUCGCAUGGGGAGGUGGAGGUCUACCUCGCGAAAUGUGACAACGGGUGUCGUCCUCCUAACACCUCCCCGGUCCUCACUCCCAGGGGCGGUGCCGAGCACAGGCCAGGGUCGAGGGGUGUCACUUUCUCGCCUUCAGUGAAAGAAAUAAACUGGCGUGAGAGUUACUAUGAGGCCGAGCCAGAGGGUGAGGGCUCAGGGAGCGACGUGAGGAAGGUUUUGGUGGUGACGUCAGAGAGCCCAACCCCUCAGCGUGUGGACCUCACCCCCUCCCCGCCUCCUUCUCAUGCGCCCACGACCCAUUCACAGGAUGCAAACAACACACCUGAGAGCAGCCCCGCACCACCUGGUGGCCCCCCUCACGACAGUGAUAAAAGUAACGGCCGCGUGUCACAGGCGCCCGCCGGGUCUUCCUCUGACGCAGAGAUGGGAGAGGACAAGUCACCUAAGGUUCAGACACCACUGUGGCAGAGAUUCAAACUGCCUAAAAUUUCUUCACCAAAGUCCCCGCGGCCUAAGAUUCCUCCCAAGCCACAGUCGCUUUCCUCACGCUCAUCAGACACGGAAAGCUCCAAAAUGUCAAGCCCUGGCAUGGACAGCAGCUCCUCCACGCCGUCCUCGCCUGACAUCAAGACCAAGAAGGCGCCCUCUAGCCCGAGGUUCUUUUCGUGGGGCAGCAAGAGAGAAAAGAAAGUGCGGGUGCUUCCUCCCCGGCCUUUAGUCUCCCCUCCACCACCCCCGGCUCAAGUGAAUGCCGGGCAGAGGGGGGAGGUGACGGGGGUUCAGGGUGGGGUUAAAGGUGAACCGGAUCCUGCUACGGCAGUGUCUCCCGCGGCGCUGCCCCGCGAGGACAGUGCUGGUGUUUCAGACAACAGUAGUGAGCCUGUGAGGCAGGAAGCGCAACGUGUGUCAGCUCCCGCCCGCGAGGAGCGAGUGACCAGGUCUCCAGUGAGGCUCGUGAAUGCUGACAGGCCUCUCAUCGCCGAUAGUGAUGGCUUGAGUCACGGGUCGGGCAGGAGCCCAUUGACCUCGGCCACGUCUGGUGAAGACAGCUCAGACGCCGGCCAGCAGCACAGUCCUCGCUCUGCCCUGUCCAAGCCGCCGCUCCCUCCGCACCUGCAGCGUCCUAACCAGCAAGUGUUCCACAAGGCUCGGCUCCUCAGUGCCCGCCGUCAGUACUUCUCACAGGAGCGACAGGUGUCAGCUCCUGAGCGUUCCUCUCCGCCCAAGGAGCUCCCGCCUCCUCCCCCAGCACCCAAGCCACGUGAGGUAACGCAGCACAUCGUUGCUUCCCGAUAUAAUUCUACUUUUGACGCCUCCAACAAUCUGAAGGAGAGGUUUGAAAGGUUCUCUGCCAGUGCCCGAGCGGAACGUGAGCGACUUGCCCGGAGCACGCCUGACCUGAGUGUAAUCGAGGCGAGUGUGCGCCGGCAAGGGCCACGUAUUGAUCUCUGGAGCCAGAGUGAGCAGCAGCAGCAGCAGGCUGAGUCCCACCCCGCUAGUCCAGCCUCGGCCAGUGAUGGUGACGCAGCACGCCCCGAUCUCGCCCACCGCGGGGCCUCCAGCACCCACCAGAAGGCCAGGGCAGCUAUCCACGAGCGCUACAAGAACCGGGCGCAGCGCAUUCACGCUCGUGCCCGCAGUCAGAACUCGGGCGUAUUAGAGACCGACUUGGACACUGGAGCGUCUCGGGAAGUGCUCACGCUACGCGAGACCAACUUGGACGACCUGUACAGGGACUUGCAACACCUCCUGGAGAGUAUCCCGCCCGUCGGCGCCGCCCCUCCACAGGCAGACAAAGCCCGUGCUAAGUCUCUGCUGGACCUGGAGGCCACCGCCACCAUGGAGGCCCAGCUGGAUACCCCAGCUCGCCCACCCGAUACCCGUGCCAAGAGCAUGGAGUUCCUUCUCGACGACGGAAACAAGGCCUCCAUCCAGCCACCAGAGAACGAGCUGAUGAAGGGAUCGGAGAGGCAGCUGUCGGAGGCUGAGCUGCGUGUGCGUCGCUCCCUACAACGGCUGGACGUGCCUGAAUGGAUGAAGAACGCGCCGCCCCCUCAACAGGGCUUCCUUCUCCGCCGCCGGGACUACGGCUCCAGUAGCGCGCCUGCUGGUGGCUGGUCGGCGUACUCCUCCAAGACGGCGUCCAUGACCUCCUUGGGGUCGUCUCGCGCCGUCACCCCGAACACGCCCACCAAAGUGGUCAUCCCCACCCGCGUGGCCACCAGGGGCGUGGGAGGCGUCGGGGGCGUAACGUCCCCGGCUUCCAAUUGUUCAAUCUCCCCGUCGCCUAGUGACCGCAGCGGCUCCCUUUUCCAGUACCCCAUAUCACGGUGGUCCACGUCGCGGCUCAACUCGGGCACCACCACACCCACUGGGUCUGUCACCUCCUCCAGGACCACCGCCACCUACACUCGUCAGCCCUACCUCGGCUGGCGCUCGCAGACUUCCCUCGCCAACCUGGCGGGAUCACAGUCCUCCCUAACCAGCACGGGGUCCUAUCUCACCGCGGCGGACAGACUGGCUCUUGGCAUCACCGCCUACAGCCAGCGAUUCGUGAAGCCCACGCCCAGCACACAGGACAAGGAAAACUCCUCCUCAGAAGCCAACGCCGCGGCGCCCAAGCCCGAAAAUCCUGAACAGAACGACACCGGCAGCACAAACGGCAGCAUCAAGUUGCAGGUUCCCACCGACGUGGCUGACGUUCACUCCUCCAUCAAGGAAGUCACCUCGGCCAUCGUGCAUUACUGCAACGAGUCCACGCCCUCUCCACGAGCGUCGCCGAGAGGGUCUCCGCGCCCCGACGGUCGGGCGCCCUCCCCUCGGCGCCUUGUGUGGGUUGAGAGCUCUUUCGUUGGUUCUCGGCCGAUUACCUCGCCGGAGACGCCCACCAGCUCCACGCACGCCAUCACACCCACCUCACAGCUCAAUGGUCACGACCUGCCGGAGUCCGGUGAGGUCCCCUCCCGGCCGCCUCAGCCCCCGGAGGUGGUCAGUCUGGUGAACAGCCUAAGCAGCGCAUGCAGCAGCCUCAGGGAUAGCAGCAGAGACAGCACAGCAGCCAGCACCAACGAUAGCACUGCAGUCAUCGUGGACAGCAGCCUGGGCGGUGACAGCAGCCGAGCAGACAGUAGACACAGCUUCUCUGACAGUGGGCAGAGCACAGUUGACCGUAGUACAGUGGACAGCAGGCACAGCACGGCGGACACAGUGAACAGCGGGCUCAGUAGUCGGAACAUUGACAGUCUAAACAGCAGAAGCAGUGUGCUGAGCAGUAGAAGUAGCGGUGAGUGCAGCAGCAGAGGGAGCGUGGGCAGCAGCAGCAGGAGUAGCAGCAGUAGGGCAGGAGGCAGUAGGGACGAUAUUGAGGCCUCACCGGGCAGCGGAGAGGCGGACGACCUGGCCGGCCGCCCUUCUGUCGGCAUGUUCGAAGACGAUCUCCCAGUCUCGGUUUCUGCGUCGUCCACACUGGUGGUUCGACCUGCCCUUCAUCCCUCCGCGCCCCGCUCCUCUCCCGUUGUACUCUCCACCUUUCAAGGCACCAACAACGAGGUUUUCCAGUUCGGCGCCGCCACCCAUGAGGAGUCAAGGAGGUCCAGCGAGGCGUCGGGUGGAGUCACGGAAGGCAUGGGCAGGGAGAGGCACACGGUGGCUUACGGUGAGGCGGUGGGGUACGACGAGCUCUUCAAGUCUGAGGAGAGCGGUGAUGAACUCUUUACGGAUCACUACGGAACCACAGAACCCGAUCCUCACAACCUCGGGCCGGACAGCACCACCCUGGAGGACGUACUAGACUCCCUCCUGGCACUGCCCUCUGCCUCCAGGUCUCCAAGCCCCGUCUGCGGCCACCAUCCCUUGGGACGGCCCUUCAGCCACCCGGGCUAUACUAAGAGCCAUCAGGAGAAAGACAACACCCUCCCAUCGUCGCCUCAGAGCCUGGACUGUCCUCCAAAGCACCAAGACGACCACUAUGGCAGCCUCCGUAACCACAACCUUCCCACCGACUGCAAACCAGAUGGUUACCACAAGUCGUUCAGCUACAGCUCGAGCAGUGGCGAAAGCAGCUUCCAGCAGCAACAACAGCAGGCGGGGGCUCGUCCCCUCCUUCACCAGCAGCAUCCCCCGCCCCCGCCAGAGGGAUCCCCCGUGUCCUUCUUCCUGGCGCGGGACGAAGGUGAACCUCACAGUGAGCCGCCCACCACCACCACUACCACCACCACCACCACGCACACUCCCUCACGCGCCCGCACUGCGCAAGCGCAAUCGCACGUGCACGUGGACCCAAGCGGCAGGGCGCCCACAACACGGCGGCUGGACACACUGGAGGCGCAGGGCCCGGAGGGCACCUUCACUGCCCGCCAGGUGACGGAGGCCGACCCCAGCACGGGCGUCUUGCUGCACCAGUCUACUGCUGUAGUGACACACCCGCACUCGCACGCCUAUUCUGCCGCCCCCAUUCCCCCCGCCCACACCAACCUCUCACAGAAUGCUCACAUCUCCCCAACACACCACCCACGCCUCUCUUCUCCUACGAGUGACUCACUUACUAGUCACAGAAAUCUACUGUCGAGUUCCUCACACAACAUCGUUCCUCCCACGCCCCCGUCCUACACCACACCAACCACUGCUUCCCGUCACGUCAACACCACCUUUACUCACCCCACCCACUCACUCUCCUCUACUCUCCCCAACUGCGUUAUCACCGCCAGUCCUGUCCCUGUCAAUUCUCACCACACUACUCUCCCUCAGUCACACUCCCGCUCUGCUCCCUCUGACACCCGCCCCAGCCAUCCCCCGGCCUCCUCCCCACGGGCAGGGACUUCCCCGGGUCACACAACCCGCUCCAACCUCCACAAGGGGCACCAUCAGCCUCACGUUCCUGGCCACUUUGUUCCCGACAGCCAGGGCUCCGGCCAAGUCAAUCAGCUGGGCACCUCACCUCCCAAGCGGUCGUCGCAGGAAGUGGUUCCAGCGAGUCCGGCUGAUCCCUUGACAGAGGCUCUCAUGCUCAGCGGGGUGAUUGCGGCCGUUCCCUCCAUUGUUGAACGACAGCCGCCGCCACCACCACCAGCAGGGCCACGCGUCACCUUUCACCUGCCGCCUCGCCACAUGAACAUUCCGCCAGACUCCUCCUCUGAGAAUGGCAACGGCAACGAAAACGUAAGAGUCGACGCUGAUGACGAUUCCACCAGCUCGAACAUCGUGAAGUGCCGCAACCCCAGCUGCGGCCUGACGGCGGAGACAGACGAGGCCCGUAGCACCUUCAAGACGUGUCAUAAUUGUUCCACAUUCUACUGUUCUCGUGCAUGCCGCCGACAGCACUGGGAGCGACAUAAAAAGCAAUGUAAGAGGAUAAGUUCCCUGGCGGUAGCCAAGCAGGUAGUGGCACGAGUGAGGGAGGACGAGGCAGUGCUGGAGAGGGUCAGUGCUGUGGCCAGAAGGGGCAUCCGCGCCCUUGGCCGUGGCACCGUCAAAAUAUUCUUCCACGACAUCAGGGGCGCAGAGACUUUCGUAGGAGGCGGGGAGCUGCCAGAGACGCACUACAUGACCAUCCAGAAUCUGCUGCCUCAGGAGACGGGCCCAGAGGUAUACAAGCAAAUCACAGAGCUCUGUAAACACUAUAACGUGGAGUACAAGUUGGUGUUGUACGUCAGUAUUUGCAUCAUGAAUGAAAUCCCCACAGGCUCGUCACCCAAGUGGGAACGUGAAAUGGUGUCUCACUGCGCCAAACUACGGCUUGCCGGCGGCACAGGAGGAGGUGGCAGCGACACCUGGAGCCCACGUCCGGAGCGCCAUGUCAUCACGCGGGACAUGGACGAGCCGGAAACCAUGAUUCUGACGUCGGCGCCCAUCCCGGAGUCCAACACGUCCCCGCAGGCAGCGAGACACAUCGCCUUCAAUAACAUCGUGCGUCACCUCCGUGAGAAGGGCAUCAGCUUGCGCCACCAGUACCCCGACGUCCACAAGAAGCUGACGGCGUACGUGGAGCUGGGCGAGGUGUUCCCGCCGCUUACCAUCUAUCCGCGGGACGUCACCACGGGCUCCACCUUCAUGUGUAUCAUCAUGCCCGAGACAGAUCACGCCAAGCUGCAGCUCCUCAGCAACGACGCCUCCAAGGUCCGCACCAUCGACAUCUCCCGCCCCCACCCGCCCGCCUGACAUCCGAUCCCAUGACCCAAGCCUCCCCCCAAGCCAUAUCCAUCUCAAAGGGACACUUAAUACCGACCACUAGGAUGAGUGGACGCCACGGCACCUUCCUCUCGACCCCAAGUGUGCCCUGAGCCAGGCCUGUGAUAACCCCAGGUGUUGGUGGUAACGCUACAUAUCGGCCUUAGACAUGCAGCCCGGCCAGAGGUGAGCCAGGCGGGCCGGGGUCGCGUCCCUCACGUCCACCAGUCGGCCGUCAUUGCCCCUGCGGUCUAAGGUUACAGGAUACGUGUCUUCCUACGGUGUAUCUCCUUCACUGUCUCGUCAUAUCGAACCUCUUCCAUACAGGAUAAAUCACCAUACUCACUCCAGAGGAACACACUGGGAUCGGAUUCUUGAGCUACGGGCGAAAAGGACAGGUGGGGGCGGCGCGGCCAGCCUGGGGCCCCUCACUCUUCUGCCACGCGGGCGGGUGUGUGAAUCUUUGGUUAUUUCCUUAAUUUGCUUAGAGUACUGGUGACUGUAGAGUAUGUGUACCAAAUGCAUUAUUUUAGUAACUAGCGCAAAUGGUGACUGGCGCUGGUCAUGUGCAGGACACAAGCGCUGCUGAAUCAAACAAGAGAGGAUUCAUGCCUUGGGAAACCCGUUCGUUCUUUUGUUAGUAAUAUUGUUAAUGUUGUAUGUGUGCAUGAGAGAGAGAGAGAGAGAGUGAGAGAGAGAGAGAGAGAGAGAGAGAGAGAGAGAGAGAGAGAGAGAGAGAGAGAGAGAGAGAGAGAGAGAGAGAGAGAGAGAGAGAGAGAGAGAGAGAGAGAGAGAGACUGUGUUUGAUGACAUAUUUGUAAAAACUUUCAAUCAGUUUUCUCCAACUCUCAAGGUCUAGACGUUUUAAAGGUGCUGAAUAAGACCAGGCAAAAUAGUGUUAAAGUCUGUUACGAAACGUUUUAUCCUUUGAGCAUGUGAGAGACUCUGUGUGUGUGUGUGUGUGUGUGUGUGUGUGUGUGUGUAAAUAAUUUCGUAUACGUGUUUAUAUAAUCAGAGUGCAUAUACUAAAAACAUAUGCGCAUUCAUAUCAAUUUAUGUGUGUAGAAAUGAGCGUGUUUCCAUGCGCAGUAAAGCCCUCCUCCUCCCCAAAUUCCCCCAAAUCUUCCUCUCCGAAAUAAAGGGUGUUCAAAUCCUCCUCCCUCCCCAAUACCCUGUCCUACUCUACCUUCCCGUUUCCUCUCUUUCCCAACUUUAUCACCCUCAGAUUUUGGGGAUGUUUUCUGGGGAAGGUAAAGGGCAAAACUGAACCUCUAUCUUAGUUUUCGUUGUUCUUUUUGAAAGUUUAAACGAACAGAGAUCUAUAAAUGUGAUGGAUUUGUUGUCGUCUAUAUUUUCAUAGAAUCGAUAGGUAUAAUAAAAGAAAAAAAGAUACUAUAAAUACUAUAUAUAUAUGUAAAUGUGACUUUGCAUCAUCAUCGCUGUGUUGACUGAUAAAAUAAAUAAUAAAGUGCCUGAUACACAUCCCACAGAGCGCUCCGUGAGAUGAUAGACCGGAGCUGACGUGGGCCAGAAUAAGGAGACGGAGACACCUGUUCUUCCCCCUGUCUGGUGCACCUCAUCCUACCCCAUCUUUCUCCUAGUACUCCUCCUCCUUCUGCUCAUGAUACUUCUCUUCCUCUUCUUCCUAGUGCGCAACCUUCUCUCAUUACUGCGAGUUCAUUAUUAUAUUUUCAUCUCCUCUUCCUCUUCUUUUUUAAUAUUUCCCUCCCUUUCCAUUAUUCUUCUCGAAAAUCUCCUAAUGCUUAGUAUUCUCCAUUUCCUAGUCAUCCUCCUACUCAUCCCUCUAACCCUCCUCAGAAUUCUUUUCAUCCAUCUUUCUCGUUCUUACAAUUUUCCAUUUCUUUACAGUUCUCCUCGUUUCCUUCCUCUUUCACUUCACCUUUUACUUUCUCCUCAUGCAUGUUUUUCCUCAUCUUCAUCAUUUUCUAUAUUCUAUUCCUCCUUUCCUAGUUGUUUAAACUCUUCUACCACCUCCCAUUCCUCCUCAUCCCCUCAUCCUCAUCCCGUUAACAGAUUUAUCACAUCAUCGGCCUUAAGGUUCCCUGAUGAAACUUUCAGGUUCUCAGAUAUUAACUAGUAAAAGAAAAAAAAACAUAAUAAUAAUAGCGUCGUUCGUGUUCUCUCGUUACGAAGUGUACGUGUGUGCGUGUGUGUGUGUUGAGUGUUUCCAAGGACAAUCUCUUCCUUUUCGCUCCUCAUCAAGACCCCCACGUGAGGACCUAACAUGAGGAAUGAUCAGGUGUUACGUACAGACACCCUCGGGAUUCACUAAGAGAGGUAAUGAAGUCAGAUAUGUGAUAUGCCAAGCCAAUCCGCGGGGCUGGUAUCUCCUACUUGGUAUUCUUGGCCACUGUUGGGAAACUUCAUUUUACCAUUGUUUCCUCCGCUUAGUACAGCUUCCAAGGCCUGAAGGAGAAUGUGUGGGUUACAGGCGACGACUAAGACGGACACAAGAGCUCCUACGCUUAAUUCGCUCAUCACUAUUAGCUGCUCUUAUCACGUGAUCGGUUCAUUUAGCUUCUGCCUUCAGUCCUAAACUGGUGACACUGUGGACGUUUUUAAAUUUAAAAAGAAAACGAGAAAACAGUGGUGGACAGUGUAUCGUGUGUGCGUGCGUGUGUGACAAAAGGAAAAAAAUACUUAAAAAUAUAUGUAAAAACUCAGAGUUCAUUGUUUUCCAAGUGAUUAAGGUAAGGACAGGUGUGUGGCCGCUCAGGUAGAUACUUUGGAAUGUGGACAAGGUCAAGGUGAGGGUCACUAUGCAAAGGGGCGUGGGUGUGUCCGUGGGUGUGUUUUUUGUGGAGCGCCUGUAGAUUCCGAGGCGACAGAGGGUGUGGCAGCCCGACCCUAACACUUCCAAGCAACAUCAACAACAACAACAACAACAACAACAAUUACACCUAAAAGAGCACAAGAGUCGCCACUUUUUACCACACCAGUGGCCUCCAGCACUCAGGGUCAGGUCACAGCACCAGUCGGCUGCCGCACGCUCCGGAACCUUGGCAUUGGCUAGAAAAAGAACCAAUCACGACGCUCUCUCAACGAUUCAACAAAAGGAAAUUUCAGUAAAAAGUGUAACAAUAUAUCAUUUCCGCAUAUUUACAUCCAUCCUUGUGUUGUCAUCUUGAUCAAUAUUUCAACAUUUACGAAACUUUUUGUCACAUGCGACGUUAUCCUUUGGCUGCUAUUUCAUUCAUUACAUAUAUAGUAAUAAUAAUAAUAAUGAUAAUAAUAAUACUAUUAAUAAUGCUACCAAUAAUACUAAUACUAAUAAUGAUAUAGUAAUAAUAAAUAUAAAUAAUAAAAAAAUCCAUUCGUACGUCAAUACAUAUUAUGCAUACAUGAAUACAAACCUACAAGUUGAUGCCUUUACUCCCCCACUUGGACAAUAACAGGCUGAGCUCGACGCUACCCGGCUCAGGCCAACACUUCCUGUACCUUCAAUAAACAGAUAAAAACUGAAAAACCA